AUGGAGCAGACAGACGAGGAAAGCAUUCGAGCUCGCUUCAAUAUUGACCCAAGCCAACAAUUAGAGGAUUUUCAUUUCCGAGAAACGACAUCAGAAAUUCAAUCAUCAGUUAUCCUCUUGAGUCAACGCGUAAAACGGCAAUAUAUGAGUGAAUUCGUACUGCCUGAUGAUACAAGAGUUGCUGUGAGAAGACUUGAGUCAUCGAUGCCAGCAGAUCAAACCCAAAUUGUUGUGGUGAGCCUUGCAGUUAAACAUCCAUUUGAUUCUCUUCUACCUAAAUUUAUAAGUACAUCGGAAAAUGAGACAGACGUUAAUCAAGCAGAUUAUGGAUCAACGACUUCACUUGAAACUUCAGAAGAACUUAGUUGUGAGAGUGAAGACGAAAUCACCUUGGAAAAACUUUCUGAAAAAGGGAAUUUGCGUAUUUUGGAUUACCUCGAUGAUGAUGCAUGGGCUGCAACCCUAUUAGAAUGGGAUUCAGGAGCAAAUGGGGAAUUACUUAAACAACUUGAAGCUGGCUGUCGACUUGAUCCGGACUCAUUUAGAAUGGAGCGUCUACAGCGACGGCGAAAUUGGAAAACUAUUGUUGACAUUCAACAGGAGCCACAGACACGAAGCCUUGGAUUAAGUUGUGGUGGUGGCGCGGAUGACUCAUCCAACGUCGGUAACAAAAUACAAGAGUAA